AUGACUUCGCUACAGCUUGAUGUCGUGGGCCACGCCACCACCACGAAGAAAACAGUGGCCAUGUGCGGUGCCUUGACGCUGGCGUCGCUGUUUACGCCAGUUUGCGCUACAUCCCAAGCAGAAACAUGUUGCUCGGCACUUGCCUUGAAGCCAGGUCUGCAGGCCAAGACCUACUAUCCUAAUACAACACUUUACUCGGACCGCAUGUCGACAUACUGGUCAUUGAGUGCAGCCUUGGACCCAUGGUGCGUUGCUCAGCCCGAGGCAGCAGAGGAUGUCUCUUCUAUCAUUAGAACACUCACCGCCAAUAACUGUCCCUUCGGAAUCCGUGGCGGUGGUCAUGGCUUCUUUGCCUUGUCCAAUAGUGUGGCUGAAGGAGUGACGAUCGACUUGGGCUACCUUAACACGACGACCUACGAUGCCGCCACCAAACUUGCCUCAGUCCAACCCGGCGGCCAUUGGCAAGACGUCUACAACACCCUAUCACCACAGGGCGUCACUGUUGCGGGCGGGCGCGCCGGCACGGUCGGCGUGGGCGGGUUCCUGAGCGGCGGCGGCAACAGCUUUUAUGCAGCUUCGCACGGCAUGGCAUGUGAUACGGUGGCCAACUUUGAGGUGGUGCUCGCCGAUGGGUGUGUGGUCAAUGCGAACGCAGACGAGAACCCUGACCUGUUCCGUGCGCUCAAGGGUGGCUCGGGCAACUUGGGCAUCGUGACGCGCUACGACAUGUACGCUAUAGAGUUUCCCAACGCCACAGACCCAGCCAUCUGGGGAGGCAUCCUGAUUUACGACCUCAGCGCGGGCGAUGCGCUCAUCGACGCUAUGGUCAGCUUCACCGAGGCCGCGGCUGGCGACCGGAACACCAGCUCUAUCAUAUACUGGGCCUACCUGCCUGCGCUCGGCGGCAUGGUACUCAACACGGCGCUGGAGAACACCCUCGGGAUCGAAAACCCGCCCGCAGCGGAGGUCUACCUCAACGUCAGCGGCAUCACCUCCAACACGAUGCGGCGGGCCGACCUGACCGUCAUAACCAACGAGCUGGGUGCAGGCCAGCCAGCCGGGUUCCGGAACAACUGGCGCACGCUAGGGUUCCAGAACGACGCGCGCGUGAUGCGGUUCGCGGUAGCGGCGCACGAGUUCGCCGUGGGCCAGCUGAACGCGACCAUGACUGCCGAUAGUGGAUUCAACACGCUAUGCAUGUUCCAGCCGCUGAACAACAUCAUCGCCCGGCACGGUGUCGAGAAGGGCGGCAACGUCAUGGGGCUCGAUUACUGGAUGGACGGCGGCGACGGCAUCAUGUUCCUCGCGACGCUGGCUGUCAACGGCGCCGAGAACGAGGCCAAUGCCGCGCCCAUCAUGAAGAACUGGACUGACUCCGUCGCGGCUUAUGCGGAUGAGCUAGGCGUUGGGUGGGGCUGGCAUUAUCUGAAUUAUGCGUCGCCUGAUCAGGACCCUCUCGCGUCGGUAGGCCCUGAGAAUAUUGCGAGCUUGCAGGCUGCCUCGGCCAGGUAUGAUCCUCGUGGUGUCUUCCAGAGGCUGAGAAUUUCAGGCUUCAAAAUCCCGCAGGGCAUGGAGUGGAUAUGGUCACCAUAA